ACCCCGGUCCGCCUGCACCUCAAGCCUGGGAUAUAUAUUCGGGUUGGAGAGAGCUGGAUUCGAGCUACACCACACUGUUAUAAUAGAUGCGCGUCCCCCGGUGUUGGCUCCCAGUGGCUCGAGCUCGGCUUUGAGCUUCCCGUUCAACAACAUACUUAUCAGUCCUACCUGUAUACGUGCUGUCGCGCGUCAACAUGUCUUCGACAGAGCACAAGACCGGCGCUGGCAUCUCGCAGGAAGAGCGCCGUGGGAGCGCCACCCAAGUCCGAAAUGUCCAAAACGUUGCGCUCGCUGAUGCCACAGCAAAGGCAGGCGUGUCGCCAUGGACGCCUGCCAUGUUCAGGCUCUAUCUCUGCUUGCUCAUUGCUACGCUGAACUCCUGCAUCAACGGUUACGAUGGAUCUUUAAUGGGCGCUAUCAAUAGCUACAAGCAAUAUCGAGAAUACUUCGGCUUCUCGCUCACCGAGGGUACGCCAGCCACAGGCAUUGUAUAUGCCAUCUACACCAUCGGCAACUUGGUGGGUUCUUUCGCCGCCGGACCAGCGACCGAUUACAAGGGCAGGAAAUGGGGAAUGUUCAUUGGCUGUCUAAUAAUCGUGCUCGGUACUUGCAUCCAAGCUACCUCGACAAACCUCGGAGGCUUCAUGGGCGGCCGAUUCGUUCUCGGAUUUGGAGUCGCGAUUACCUCCACGGCUGGACCGGCGUAUGCCUCUGAGAUGGCCCAUCCGGCCUAUCGAGGUGUUCUGACUGGUAUCUUCAACACAUUUUGGUUUGUUGGAGGUAUUCCUGGAACCUUCGUCCCAUAUGGCACAUCCACUAUGAAUGGCACGCAAGCGUGGCGUAUUCCCGUCUGGUUGCAGAUGGUGUUCGCCGGCGUUGUCCUCUUCUGCUCCCCAUUUCUGCCCGAGACUCCGCGUUGGCUGAUCGCCAAUGACCGGCACGAGGAAGCCCUGAAUACGAUGGCCAAAUAUCACGGAGAAGGCAGCCGUGAGUCACCUAUCGUCCAGCUUGAGUACAAAGAAAUGGUUGAAGAUAUUUCCGUGACCGGUUCGGAUAAGCGAUGGUGGGAUUACCGUGAGCUCUUCAACUCCCGCGAGCAGCUCUACCGGACGAUGCUUGUGCUUUCAAUGGCAUUCUUUGGCCAAUGGUCCGGUAACGGGCCAGUAUCCUACUACUACCCGGCCAUGCUUCAGGGCGCUGGUAUUACCGACAACCACACCCGUCUCCUCUACAAUGGCAUGCAAAACGUGGUCAGCUUCGGUGGCGCUAUCUUCGGCGCCCUCUACACGGAUAAAUGGGGCCGCAGACCUCAACUGCUAGUAUCCACUGGCUGCUGCGUCUUCAUUUUCGCCAUCGUUUGCGCGCUUGUCGCCACCAACUUGAUCAAUGGACCUGACGGCAAGCCGCUGAAGGACUCAGGUGGGACGCCUCUCAUCAAGAGGCCCGGCCAGGCGAAGGCAGUCAUUGCCUUCAUCUUCAUCUUCGGCUUCAUCUUCUCCGCUGGUUACACGCCCCUGCAACAGCUGUACCCUGUCGAAUGUUUGCGCUACGAGUCGCGUGCAAAGGGCAUGGCGUUCUACAACUUCUUUGUUAACAUUGCUGGCUUCUACAACACCUUUGUUACUGGUAUCGCCUUUUCGGGAGCUGGUUGGAAGUACUACUUUCUUUUCAUCUUCUGGGACAUGUUCGAAUUCGCCUUCAUCUACUUCCUCUACGUCGAGACGCGCCGCCGCACGCUCGAAGAGCUCUCCGAGAUCUUCAAGGCGCGCCGCCCCGUUAAGACCUCGCUUAGCAGGACCCAGAUCGUCAUGCACGGUUCCCAGGGUGUUACGGAGGUCCUGGAUAAGGAGAUGUCGUAACAACGCAUAGAAUGAAAAAAAAAAAACCCCUCCUUCCUUGCCGUAGGAAAUUGGACAUAUACCCUCGUUUUCUAUAGUUAGGCUGUUGUUUCUGGGAGCAUGGUGGAUAUGCUGGUCAUGAUUGUGAGUGAUGAUUUGCAUAACGGGUGCUGGGUUGGAUCUGAGUAGGAAAGCAUCUGUGUAGACGCACCGUACCUCUUUUGUAAUAGGUGAAUGUGUUCGC